AUGAAAGAAGUAAAAGUUAUCAACUCAUGCGAUGGGAAAUUGAUCUCUCUUUCACAUGAUUCAGCUUGCAAUAAUUGUGAAAUGGCUCUAAACAUUUAUUUACCAAAACAAUAUUAUUCCAAUGAAACACACUCCACUAUUCCUGCCAUCUAUUAUCUUUCUGGUCUUACAUGUACACCUGCAAAUGCAUCUGAAAAAGCCUUUUGGCAAUGUCAAGCCGAUUUGUAUGGGUUUAGUGUUGUUUUCCCCGAUACUUCUCCCAGAGGUGAAUCUGUCCCAGAUUCUAAAGAUGAAUAUGAUUUUGGUCAAGGUGCAGGGUUUUAUUUAAAUUCUACUAAAGAACCUUAUGUGAAGAAUUAUCAAAUGUCUGAUUAUAUUCAUAAAGAAUUACCCAAGGAAUUGGAAAAUUAUUUCCAAGACUGUAGAUUAGAUUUUACAAAAAAUGUCGGGAUCACAGGUCAUUCCAUGGGUGGUAUGGGUGCAUUAGCUGGGUUUUUCAAAUUAUAUCCUCAUUAUAAGAGUGUUUCUGCAUUUUCACCUAUUGCUAACCCUUCAGCAGAAGAUUGCCCAUGGGGUCAAAAGUGUUUUAGUAGAUAUUUAAAAGAUUUUAAAUCUGAAUCAUUGGAAUAUGAUCCAUGUGAAUUGAUUGGGAAAGUGAAACCCAAGGGUGACAAUGACGUGAAGAAAAUUUUAAUCAGUGUGGGGACUAAAGAUCCAUUUUAUUCUACACAAUUAUAUGUGGAUAGAAUAUUGGAAUACUCGAAGGGAACUGCCUGGGAAAAUAAGAUUGAAAUCAAUAAAUUACAAGGGUUUGAUCAUUCAUAUUUUUUCGUUGUACUGAAGUCCCCAGCAUGCCAAAUUCCAUGCCAUUAA